AUGGCGCGUAAGUUGAAGAAAAAAUCUUCUCAAUCUCUCAUUACUGAAGUGAAACAAAAUCAUUCGAGGAAACGGAAAAAAGAUGAUCGGUUUGAUUUACCAAUGGAUUGCUCCAGUAAAAAGAGUGAUAAUUUGCUGGAUCAACAUGAAAGAAAGUCUUUAUCUACAAAUCAACCAAUUAAGUGGGAUGUUAGUACAGCAGUGACAGCUGAAAUUUUACAAGAUAUGGGAGUAAGCUUUCUGAAAGAUGAUCUUUCUCUUCAUAGUUGUCAGGAACCAGGGCCAACUCCUCAUUGUAUUUCCAUUGCAGAACAUAAAGUUCCUCCCAAGGUUGCACGUGGACCAGCAUUUCACUCUUCAAUUGAUAAUGACUCGCAAGCAAAUACUUCUCUCAAUUCUUCAUUUUGUGGAGUAGCAGACGAUUUUGUUUUGUUUCGUCGUAGCAAACAAGAAGGUAUUUUUGGCAAAGACCAUUUAUCAGAGAUGUCUGAUGAAAUCAUUCUUCAUAUACUUAAAUAUCUUCCAAAGUCUGUAUUAGCCAGAUGUGCACAAGUCAAUAAAAGGUGGAAGAGGCUUGCUUAUGAUGAGAGCUUAUGGAAAAGGGUUGAUCUUGGCAAGAAACAUCUUCAGCCAGGUGUGCUUGGACAAGUGAUCGAUCGAGGGGUAGUCAUCAUGCGACUUGCCAUAUCAGAGGUAAAGCUACCAAUUUUUAAUGACUUUUCUCUGGAACUGAAAAGACAUAGCUUUCAUAGGUACAGUAAACUUCAGUAUCUAGAUCUCAGCAUGGUAACAAUUGCAGUGGAAGGACUUAAUGAAAUCCUAUUGGUAUGUAAACAGUUAAGGAAACUUAGCUUGGAACACUGUCAAGUUAACAGUGACACUUUUUGUCACAUAGGUGCUAAUGCAAACUUGGAGGUUCUGAACAUGACAAUGUGUAAAGGGGUUACAAGUGAGGGAUUACAAGCUAUCAUAUGUGGUUGUAGAAGGCUAGUGUCAUGGAACUUGGGCUGGGCACAUCUUUCACCAGACUGUAUUUGGUCUUUGGUCCAUUCACUACCAAACUCCAUUACUCACCUGAACCUUAGUGGCUGCCGAGAGAAACUGCUGAAUGAAGAUAUUGCUGUACUAGUUCAACGAUGUCCUAGACUUCAUUCUUUGGAUAUUAGUGAUGCCACACUGUUAACUAGUGAAGCUUUGAAUGAAAUACUGAAGCUACAACACCUACAACAUCUGCUCGUUAGUCGCUGCUACAGUAUCCCUCCUGCUCAUUAUUUAUAUUUGAAGAAUAUGUCAUCUUUAAAACAUCUAGAAGUGUUUGGUGUUCUAACAGAAAUGGCCAUUCAGUCUUUACGCCUCAGUCUGCCACAUAUAGAAAUUAAUCGCCAACUAUUUUCAACCAUAGCCAGACCAACUACGGGUAUUCAUCGUACCAGCAUCUGGGGGCUACGUGUACGUGACUGACAAGUGGAAUGAAUUGGUUCUCAGUUGGAAAGUGUGUUCUUUUAAGAAUUCUUUGUGCAAUUGGCAACACUCAUUAAUUUUUACAUCACCAACAAAACUUGGAUAAAAAGUGUUUUUUUUUUAAAUGGAAUUGUAGAAAUAAAAUACAGGAAACUAACAUUACUACUAGUGAGAUAAUUUGUUCUAAAAUACUUUUUUGUUUUUCAUAAGCUUCUGUUUUGAAAUUAUAGUAGACAGUGCUGUCUAAAGAUAAGUUUCAUUCACCUCUUGAAACUGAAAAAUAUUAUGUAAAGUGGCUUGAAACAUUGUCUCUGGACUUGGACUUGUUACAUGGCACUAUUCAAAAGGAUGUCAGCUAGUCAUCUCUGAAGAAUGAGCUUCUGUUAUUUCAAAGUUUUGUGCAUAGAUAUUGGAAAGUUUCGGCUACAUCAUAAAAGUUUGCAAAACAAAUUUAUAGUGUUUUUUUAUUAUUUGCUAUUAAAUUUUUCAAAGAAGUUCAAGUUAUAGGUGACAAUUUCAGUCAUUACCCUUAUGGGACACAACAUUAUAUAAACUUGUAAUGGUUUACUAAAUUUUUGAAGGAAUUAUCUGCAACAUUUUACUGCCUUUUCAGCAUUCUUCGUCUGUACAUUAAUAACAAAUUUAGAAUCAUUGUCAUUGAAGUUCUUUAGAACACAAAAUAUGGUGUUCACAAUUUAUUGUCUAGCAAGUGCUUGGUUACAUGCGAGUUUGUUGUGUUUGACUUUUUCACAAAAUAUACGUUUUUUUUUUUGUUUCUUUUCAAUGUCAGAAAUUGUACAGACAUUUGUAUUUUAGGUUAAUGCAAUUCAAAUAGUAACAUUUCAAAUUUUUUAUUAACAGAUUUUUCACAGUUAAAUUUAAUUUUCAAUUCCAGGCAUUUUUGUAUGAAAGAAAAAGCAGUACCUUGUGAUGUGUAGUUCAAACAAAAUAUCCUGAAGAUACUUGUCAGUUAAGUAAAUCUAAGUAGAAAUUACAGAUAAUUUAAAGUAGCAUAGUGCUACUUGUAAUUUCUAUAAUUAGGCAUGCAUAAUAAAUAACCACAACAACAACAAAAUUUAGAGAAACAAAAGUAAGAAAAAAAAAAGUUGUUUACUAAGUUUUUCUUAACUGUACACACGCUAAUGGGUAUCCUCCACCCACCCAGACAGACUGGUGAAUAUUUAGUGCUUAAAUUCAUUUUUAUGACAUAAUUUUGUAAUGGAAUAAAAUAGUUCCAUAGCUAAUGAAGCAAACUUAGUAACAAUACUGAAUCAGUUGUAAAUUAGUGUACGUAUCUUUCAGAAAAAAGUAAUGUUACUUUUAUUUCAGUAAGACAUGACAAAAUAUUUUUGGUAACUUAAAAUGAAACCAAAAUUCACUUGUUUAUGUAUGAUUUAAAAAUUCUGUUUGCUUGACAGUUGUUGAAAGUUAUUAUUUUGUACUGAUCAUGUAGGACUUCAGUGUAAUCAGUUGUUCAAGAUGUAGAUAAGUGUAUUAUGCCAUUAAGUAUGUACAGUUUAAACUUUACUUUAAAACAAAAUAUUUUCAUCCAUUGAAUUUUGUAGACAUUUUUCAAGAUUCUUAUAUUAAAAAUUGAUUUCAUCAGUG